UUCAGAUUAUAAAAGCCUACGUAUCUUAUUUCACGAUGCUCCUAUCAUUGCGAUAACUGUCGUACAGAAUGUUGAAGAGGAAUUUAUAGUGAAGUGAUAAUAAAAACUUCACAAUAUGGUAAUAGCAUAGUAAUAGUUAGUUUAUUUAUACCUAAUGGAACGAAUAUAUUAAAAUUUCGGCUCAUCAUAAAUGUCGCAAAUGAUUUAACCACGCGCUUUACGCGUUUCACGAAAUUUUAAGGAAUAGGUUUUGGGUGCGUCAUUAUAUACAUUAGUAUGUACUUGAGGGCUUUGUCAUGCAUGAAUGGCCGUUGAGAAUAAGACGAUCCUUUAAAUUCGCGGAGCAAUUAGUCGCUAAAUAUUGGUCAAAUUUUCUACAAAAUUGCAUGAAAUUAUUUACAAAAAUGCUAAAUUACCAUAAACAUAUCGUGCAAGCAAUUAUCGCAUCGGAAGUACGAAUCCGUAUCUUGUCAUGCGAAAUAAUAAUAUUGAGAGUGCCGUUUUAUGCGCCUGUUUUCUAACAAUGAGAUAUUGUCUGAUUCAACUUACACAUAUAUUCAUUCAACUUGUUUAUCAUGAUAGCUUACCACAUUAAAACAGUCAUAGUUAAAACAAAACUAUUUGCACUUUAGAAUAAUAUAAAACAAAUAGUAUUAUUAACAUCUUUCUAAUAUAGACAUGAAGUAAACUGUUAAUAUAUACAAUCUGUGUCACGAUGACAGCCACGCAUUACAAAGUAUCGCUCCACCGACUAAAGCAUUGACUACACUAAAGCAUUGUGAGAAAGAGGAAACAAUUUAAAUGAUAUCUCUUUCUAAGAGUGAAUAAAUCUGCCUGUUUCAGCUUUGAUAUUGAAACCUCAUAUUUCUUGUAUUAUUUCCUGUUCUACAGUUUUACAAAUUAUGCUUAUAUAACAGUCGUUUAACAAAUAUCGCUUGUUCAAAGAAGAACGCACGUUGAGAAAAAGACGAUUCAUUAUUCAUAAACAUGCAACGCUGCGUUUGCAAUGGAUUUUCUGGAACAUCUCUAUUAUCUUACAUAACAGAAAAGUUUAUUUCUGCAGCUCCAAAGGAAUACACAAUAAGACCCGUAAUUAGGUAUAAAUAUUCGAUGUGAUAUCUGGAUGAUCCCGCAGUACUUCCUUGGUAACUUGCUAGAAUGUCUGUCUACAACAGUCGUUACUAUUAUCUUAACAAAGUACUACUGUCCAUUGUAGGCCUAUGGCCGUAUCAAUCGCGAUUGGAAGGGAACGUAAUGGCUAUUAUUACGUUGUUGUUUGCUGGCGGUUAUUCGGGCUUAGAGUUGUGGAGCUUAAUAGCCGGUAUAACGGAUUUAUCUAUUAUCAUAGAGAAUCUGUCAUCCACACUGAUAAACAUUAUGGUCAUAGGAAAAAUGGUCAACAAUUUGUACAAUAAUUACAAAAUGAAGGAUCUUUUGGAUCGCAUCGAAGAAACUUGGAAGAUGAUACCAACAGGUCCAGAGAACGAAAUAUUACGGAACUUCGCGGAGGAAAGCAGAAGCUUUACUAUACAUUAUGCAAUGGUACUGUAUGCUGUAUGGAUUUCUUUCUCUAUGAUGCCGAUCGUUAUCAGUAGAUUAUACACGUUUUUGCCAACGAACGAAACGUUCGAAACCAAAUAUCUGUAUCGCGUGGAACACGUGAUUGAUGUGGAAAAGUACUUUACUCUGUUGAUGCUACUUGCGAUCAUUGGCAUCUUCUACAUAGUAUCGAUAGCGAUAGCAGUUGACAGCGUUUUUGUACUUUGCAUGCAGCAUAAUACCGCAUUGUUUGAGGAAGUACGAUUUAAUAUGGAGCGCAUAAGAUCUUUGGAUUGUGUUCAAGUUGAAGCUCAAUGGAUGCUGAAACCAAAUGUAGCAAACGAUGAAGCAUAUCAUAUCAUAAUUGGCUGCAUCAAAUCGUAUAAGGAUGCUUUAAAUUUCUUCGAUGUGCUUGCUUCUGCGUAUUCAACAUUUUUUCUGCUUCUGUUAGGAAUGGUUGUAGUGUGCUUAAGUUUCAGUGCGGCUCAGUUAUUGCUGUUGGACAAUCAAUUGGACGCGAUUAUUAGAAUCGUCGCUCUAAAUGUGGCGGAAGUCAUACAUAUAUAUUAUCUGAGUUUAAUGUCACAACAACUGAUCGACUACAGCAGUGGCAUUCAAGAAGUAAUUUACAACUGCGACUGGUAUGCGAUUUCGCUGAGAUCCAGACAAUUGUUAAAAUUUACUUUAUUGCGCGUUACUAAACCGUGCCAAAUAACGGCUGGUAAGAUGUAUGUAAUGUCGAUGGAGAACUUUGGUUCAAUUAUAAAAGCCUGCUUAUCGUAUUUCACGAUGCUUCUAUCAUUGCGAUAACUUUUGUACAGAAUGUUGAAGAGGAAUUUAUAAUGAGGCGAUUCGUAAUAAAAACCUCACAAUAUGUUAAUAGUAAUGAUUAGUUUAUUUAUAUCUACCGGAACGAAUAUAUUAUAAUUUUGGCAGUUUUGUAAUUAUUAAAUGUUGUUUCAUAAUAAUAACGAAUACAAUAACGAUUUUAUGUCAUAUUAGUUCUUUUAUACAAAAUAGAAUAUGUAGAUGUAAUGUGUAAAAAACUGGUAAAUAUAUAAUAUAUGCAUA